CUGGUUUAGAAACAUCAUUAAGGAGGCUUCGGCUCGCUGUCAAAACAUUGCAAGCGCAUACUAAAAACGCAGUGCAGAGCAACCAAAACAGUAAGCAUGACGUCCGUCCAGAACCAGGAAGAUCUCGAGGCCCGCAUAGCGCGCAUCAAGAAGCGGAAUGAGGAAAUCGAACAAAAGUACCGCGAAGCUGAGGAGGAUCGGUUGAGGGCAAUGAAGGAAAAUGCAAUGGUCGAGAUCAGGCCACCGAAGGACGACGAUUGGCCGCGGGAGCACAAGUACGAUAAGGUCGAUUUCAAUUACGAUCUGGAUCCGGAAGCGCUCGCUCAGCUGGAAGAGAAGAAAAAGGAGAAAAAUGCCUUCAUCCAGAAAAUCGCCAAGGAUUAUAAGGUGUUUGCUGAAGGUGAGGGACCGCCUCCGGAUCCAGCGUACAGUUUUUUGGCCGACGUUGAGCGGGAUGGCGAUAAAGCGUUAGCCGUGUCACCUGGGCAACCCAGCAAUAUUCCGAAUGCGCCCAUGGGCAACUCGAACGGAGCUCGAAGCCCACCAACCAGGGGAGAUCAUUUUGAUCGCCGAAAUCCGCACAACAGAAGUGGCCAAAGGCAAGGCGGACACGUGAAUGGCGGUGGACCUGGUGGCGGUGGUCGAGGACGGGGAAGUUCGGGUAAGUCGCACCAUGGCCAUCACCAUCCGAGCGUGCAGCGUUCGUACUCGACGAACGAACACGAUGGAUGGCGAUCGGCUUCGGGUGAGCAGCAGAGGAAAAACCAAGGGUUCCACAAAGGAACGGCGGCCGCUCCGGAAGGGGGCGGUGGUCUGUGGAGACGAGAGCCAUACAUCGCGGACGGACCGGAGAAAGGCGCGAACGAUGAUGCCAGUACGCAAAGUGCGGCAGCAAAGCCGGAACCAAACUUGACAGUUUCGAUCUCUCGCAAUGGAGAAUUUAAAAGUGUCAAAGUGACUACCCCACCCAUCAUCGGUAGUGGACGAGUUGGGCCCCGGCAUCCACCAAAACCGCAGUUCCAGUUUCACGCUGGCCCGGGAGAAACACAGCACAAUCACUCGAGGCAAGGCGGCGGUUCUCAGCAGAAUCACUUACCUCUAACCGCUGGCCGUAAGCAGAGCGAGUCGACUGAUCAAUUCAAUCGCAACACGACCGCACGGAAAUCAGAUCGUGGGGCCGCAGGUGACCAGCCCACCAGGAAAGCUACCGGUGGCCCUAAGGGAGCUAGCGCCGGAACGCACAAAAAUGGCACGUCUAGCAGCGGAAGCGGUAGCGUGAGCGUUCAGGAUCGUCUCAACCGCAACCGACAGCUGGGGGGCAGUGAUAAGAACGAUAAUCACCUCAAACCAUCCGGUGGCACUCCUUCGCAUCCGGCACCGGUGUCCGGUGCAGCGAAAGCAACUUUCAAAGCGAUUUCGAAAAUAAUCGAGAAGAACGCGGCAAUCGAUGAGCAAUUGCUGCGCGAUAAUGAGAAACUAGCGUCGAAGGGAAAGGAGCUUCGGCUACCGCACCCAACAGCGGCAGAGCAGUAA